CCGGUCCGCCAUACUGCAGUCUUGGCUGGGGCUCUGUGGAAGUCUGUUGUGGUUCCGUGUGCUUUGCUGUGAUCUGUUGCCGGGAGCUGUGAGGAGAGCUGUAUGAGUUCGCAGCCUGCGCCAUGGAUGCAGUGACUUUUAUGGAUGUGCAUGUGAACUUCUCUCAGGAAGAGUGGGCUUUGCUGGAUCCUUCCCAGAAGAGCCUCUACAGAGAUGUCAUGCUGGAAACCUACUGGAACCUUACUUGUAUAGGCUAUGAAUGGGAAGACCACAAUAGUGAAGAAUGUUGUCAAAGUUCUAGAAGACAUGGAAGGUAUUUCAACUGUCCUCGAUAUAGUACAUGUAAAGCAAAGGGCUAUGGAAAGAAGCAGUGCACCUCUCUCUUUCCCAGAACAAUUAGAAGAUAUGUAGUCAUCCCCACUAUGAGAAGACAUGGUGAAUGUGAUAUAAGUUUACAAGUAAAUGGUUUUCCUGCUUCAAUGGGAAUACAUCAAAAUACUCCCACUGGAGAAAAGCCUUAUGAGUACAAGGAAUGUGGAAAAUCUUCUGUCUGUCCUGGUUUACUUUGCAUAUGUAGUGUGACUCACACUGUAGGAAAAUGUUAUGAAUACAACCAGUGUGGGAAAGAUCUCAGUUCUUCUUUUUCUUCUCAGAGAUGUAAAAUAGCUCAUCUAGGAAAAGAAAGUGAUGGAUGUGAGCCAAGUAGUAAAAGCUUUAACCAUCACAGGUAUCUUAAAAUACAGAAUACAACCUACAAUGAAGAGUAUCUCUAUGAUUGUAUUCAAUAUGAUAAAGCCUCUUUACAAUUACACCAAAGAACUAAUUCCAAAGUAACAUCCUAUGAAUAUAAUGAAGGAGAUAAAGACAUGACAUUUUACAGUAAUCAUCACAUAUGUAGAAUGAAUACUAGAGACACAAAGUAUGAAUAUCAUCAAUAUGGUAAAACCUUUGCAUGUCCUAGUUACCUUCAAAUACAUGAAAGAAUUCAUACUAGAAAGAAACCCUAUGAAUGUAAUCAGUGUGGUAAAGUUUUUGCAUAUAAAAGUCAUUUUCACAAGCAUCAAAGAACUCAUACUGGAGAAAAACCGUAUGAAUGUAAUCAGUGUGGUAAAGCCUUUUCAUGUAAUGGUAAUCUUCAAAUACAUGAAAGAAUUCAUACUGGUGAGCAACCCUAUAAAUGUAAUCAAUGUGGUAAAGCCUUUGCAUAUAGCAAUAGUCUUCACAAACAUGAAAGAACUCACACUGGAGAGAAACCCUAUGAAUGUAAUCAUUGUGGUAAAGCCUUUACAUGUCACAGUACCCGGCAAAUACAUGAAAGAAUUCAUACUGGAGAAAAACCAUAUAAAUGCAGUCAAUGUGGUAAAACCUUUGCACGUAACAGCCAUGUUAAAAUGCAUGAAAGAAUUCAUACUGGAGAGAAACCCUAUAAAUGCAAUCAAUGUGGUAAGGCCUUUGCAUAUCACAGCCAUCUUCAAAGGCAUGAAAGAACUCAUACUGGAGAGAAACCUUAUGAAUGUAAUCAGUGUGGUAAAGCCUUUGCAUAUCGCAGUAGUCUUAGACUACAUGAAACAAGUCACACUGGAGAGAAACCUUAUGAAUGUAACCAAUGUGGUAAAGCCUUUGCCUGUUCCAGCUAUCUUCAAAUACAUGAAAGAAUUCAUACUGGAGAGAAACCCUUUCAAUGUAAGCAUUGUUGUAAAACCUUUUCAUAUCGCAGUAGUCUUCACAUGCAUGAAAAAAAUCAUACUGGAGAGAAACUCUUUGAAUGUAAGAAAUGUGGUAUAUCCUUUGCAUAUCUUGGUACUCUUCAAAAGCAUGAAAGAAUGCAUACUGACAAAAAAGAAAAUUCCCCUGAAGGAUAAUAAUGCGGAUGAGAUACCUAUAAAUGAGGAAUAGCAUUUCACACCACAUUCAUUUCCCCCGAGUUCUCUCACUGUGCUUGAGUAACGGUACAACUACUACAACAAAAUGUUGUCUCCUUUUCAAACUGCACGCAUAUUGUCAUCUCUAAGGAUAAAGGAAUCCAUUGUCUCAUGACAAUUUAAAUAGUAAAACCUAUGUAUAAAUGAAA